CAACCUGCAAAAGCAGACAACACAAUUUCACCCCAAUCCAUUCUUGCCAUUACGCGAAAACUCCAAACCUUCCCAAACCAAAACCACACUUCAUCUUCUUCACUAGCGGUAACGGGACAAUUUGAAAGAAAUAUUGCUUUUAGCUCAAAGAAGGUGCAAUGGGUAAUUCAAAUUAUUAUUAUUAUUAUUUAGAAAAAAAAAGAUGGUCAUACAUCAUUUUGAAUCCUGAUUCCCUUAUUUUUCAUAAAGAUUAACUCCUACACAAAAAUUGAUGGUAUCCAACCCAUGCCGCUCUUAUUUUUUUCUUUAUCAUUUUUUUUUACCAUUCUUUUUUUUCAUUCACUUUUUUUGCCUUUUGAUGUUCGUGAUCAUUCCAUCAACCUAAGAGAACUGUUUUGAAAACCAACUAUCCCACUGUAGUAUUCUCAUUUACCAUCUUGGACAACGAUUGACGUCUAUUAGGACAAUUUAUUUUUCAUCCAAAAAGAUGACAAACUUUGGUGAUACACGAGAUAUGUCAAAAGGAGACAUACGCUCAUUAUAUGCAAUGAAAACAUUGAAUUGUGGAAACACUUAGAACUUCCACAUUUGUCAAACACUUACAACAUUUUUUUGAAAAGUUAUUCACUCGAUGAUUUCAGCAACAAAAGAUUCAACAUACUUUGUAUUUUCAUUUCUUCCUUUUUUUUAUUUUGAAUUUUUUGGACACCCUUCAUGCUUUGUCUUUUUCUGAAAAAGUAACUUAUAUAUGAUUUGUUCAUAAUUCAAUUGUAAAAGAAAAAUGAUAAUUCAUAAAAUACUCAUAUAUGAAACAACUAAUAAAUUUAUAAAAAAUGGUCAUCCCAUUUUUUUUUUCAAAUUCUAAAUAAACCCUAAAUAGAAUCUUCAAAUUCUAAAUAUAUCCUAGAUAGAAAGCACAAUAGUAAAACAUAAAAAACAGACACGACUAGAAUAAGGAGUGGAAGGAAAAAGGCAGCAGCAAGGGCGACGAGCGAGGGCAGCGAGGUGGAGAGCACCGGCAUCAACGAGGGCUGCGAUCGCAGAGAGUCUCGAGGAAGGCGGGUGCGAAGGUGGCGACCGCCGGGAGUAGGAAGAAAUUGAUAUUGUAAAUUUUGUCUUGAAAUUGAGCAGUGCCAGUCAGAGCUGGAUUCAAUAAAGGUCAUCCGUUUAUCAAUGCCAAAGUGAACACCUGUAAAAUGGCUUCAUACAAAGAAUUACCAAGAACUGCUCAAAUUCGCCUUGUAAGUUCCCAUCAGGAGGUUUAUGAGCCAUGUGAUGAUUCUUUUGCACUGGUUGAUGCUCUUCUAGCUGAUCGCUGUAACCUGCUGGAAAAUCAUCCAUCAUUGUGCAUGGAGAUAGGUUGUGGAAGUGGAUAUGUCAUCACUUCCCUUGCUCUUAUUCUGGGGCAGGAAGGUUAUGGUGUCAACUAUAUUGCGACCGAUAUCAACCCUCAUGCAGUGGAGGUGACCCAAAAGACUAUGGAAGCACAUGGGGUUGGUGCUGAGUUGGUAGUAACAGAUAUUGCAGCUGGACUAGAGGAGCGUUUGGCAGGGUUGGUUGAUGUUAUGGUUGUGAAUCCUCCUUAUGUGCCUACCCCUGAAGACGAAGUUGGUGUUGAAGGUAUUACCUCAUCUUGGGCCGGCGGGGAGAACGGUCGAAGUGUUAUCGAUAAAAUUUUGCCGGUUGCAGACCGCCUUUUGUCAGAAAAGGGAUGGCUAUACAUGGUGACCCUCACUGCAAACAAUCCUUCUGAGAUAUGCCAACAAAUGAGAAAGAAAGGAUAUGGUUCUAAGAUUGUUGUCCAAAGAUCCACAGAGGAAGAAAGUCUCCAUAUCAUCAAGUUCUGGCGGGAUUUUGAUAUUGGAAAGGAUGUACCAAACCAAUCUGCUUCUGGAUUCAUAGGCUCCUUGCUUACACAGAUUCCUUUAUUUUCAUUUUGGAGAGGCACCAAUAGUGACAACUGUUGAUUGAGAAAACAAAUGAUUUCUGAUACUAGGAUGUUUUGUCUGACAACUGUUAUGUUUGCAUUGCCAUGGCAUUCAGAAGGCCUUAUAAAUACAACGACCAAUUCUCCCUGUUA